AUGACAUCUCACGUUGAAGCAUCGCGCGUCGCCCAGCCAGACCAGGCUGUCACUGUUCAACAAAACGAUGCCGACACCACCGCCGACCGCGGCGAUGCCAAAAGCCCAUGGGAGCUUUCCGCCCUUGAGCAACAAGUCGAACAAUGUCGAAGUGCCCACGGUACCAGCGCCCCCGAAACACUAGAAGCCCUCCACGACCUCAGUCUCGGCCACCAAUUCGCCGGACAAUGGGAAAAAGCAGAGGAACUACAACGCAGCAUAAUCUCCACUAGACGAGAAACACUAGGAGACACGCACCCGGAUACACUCCGCAGUACACAUGAGCUGUGCAUGAUUUUAUCUGGCCAGGGUCAAGACGAUGCAUGCGAGAAACUGCAAUUGGAAGUGCUAGCCCAGAGGGAGGAAGCUCUGGGUAAACUGCAUCCCGACACGAUAGAAAGCAUGGAGCAAUUGGCCAUCUACUACCAAAACGAGCGCAAAUACGACAAAUCCACCCCUCUGUACGAAAAAGUAGUGCAAGCGUAUACCAAAAUCAGCGGCCCAGAUGAUGCAGACACCCUGACAUCUUCCCAUAGCCUCGCGCACAUAUACCUCUUGCAGGGACGUGUACAAGAAGCAUGGCAGCUACAAAAUACUGCUUAUCAGACGAGUCUGGCCAAGUUUGGGCUGCAAGAUGACUGCACUCAACGAAGUAUAGCGGGCUUGGCUUCAAUCGCAAAUGCCCAAGGCGACAAGGAGAAAGCAAGGGAAUUGCAACAAGGCGUCCUGGACUACCACAUAUCCAACUUCGGCCGAGACCAUCCAUGGACAGAGGAGUGCCAGGAGGAGAUGGACAAGUACAGUGCUCAGGAUUGA